ACAAACGUCACCUUUUCUUUGGUGAGCAAGGUGUGUUCACGUGAGGUUGUGUGGUCCCUCCGAAAUAGGUCACACAAUCCUCAGAAUUUCGUGAAAUAUUCUUGUAAAAUAUAAAAAAAAAUUAUAAAAUUAACAAAAAUCCAAAAAAAUAGUAAAAUAAUAAAAAAUAACGGGAAUCACUCGAUUUUAAGUUAAGUGUACGUAAGCGUGCAACGUGGUCUAAGGAAUGCGAUAAGUAAUCGUGAAGAGAAAGUGAAGUCGUUUUUUACAAAACUGUUAACAAUAAAUUAAUGCUUUUUCUAAAACGGUCACAAUAAAUCCACUAAAAUGAAUCCUGGGCCACCUAAUUAUCCGAUGGCUUCGCUGUACGUAGGAGACUUACACUCGGAUAUUACUGAGGCCAUGUUGUUUGAAAAAUUUUCUACCGCUGGUCCGGUUCUUUCUAUUCGCGUAUGUCGGGAUAUGAUAACUCGUAGGUCUCUUGGCUACGCUUACGUAAAUUUUCAGCAGCCUAGUGAUGCUGAAAGAGCAUUAGAUACUAUGAACUUUGACAUGAUUAAAGGCAGACCUAUUAGAAUUAUGUGGUCCCAGCGUGAUCCAUCUCUCCGCAAGUCUGGUGUAGGAAACGUUUUUAUAAAAAAUCUUGAUAAAUCCAUAGACAACAAGGCCAUGUAUGAUACCUUCUCAGCGUUUGGGAACAUUUUAAGCUGUAAAGUAGCUCAAGAUGAAAAUGGGGGUUCUAAAGGCUAUGGUUUUGUCCACUUUGAAACGGAGGAAGCUGCUAAUAAAUCUAUUGAAAAAGUUAAUGGUAUGCUUUUGAAUGGCAAGAAAGUUUACGUAGGUAGAUUCAUUCCUCGUAAAGAACGUGAAAAGGAACUUGGAGAGAAAGCAAAAUUGUUCACUAAUGUUUAUGUGAAAAACUUUGGUGAAGAUUUUUCUGAUGAAAUGCUUAAGGAUAUGUUUGAAAAAUAUGGCAGAAUUACUAGCCAUAAAGUAAUGUAUAAGGAUGACGGAGCAUCCAGGGGCUUUGGAUUUGUAGCAUUUGAAGAUCCAGAUGCAGCAGAAAGAGCAUGUAUGGAACUUAAUGGCAAAGAACUUGUUGAAGGCAAGCCGUUGUAUGUGGGACGUGCUCAAAAGAAAGCUGAGAGACAAAAAGAAUUGAAACGUAAAUUUGAACAACUGAAAUCAGAGCGUCUAACUCGCUAUCAAGGAGUAAAUCUGUAUGUUAAAAAUCUAGAUGACACAAUUGAUGAUGAAAGACUCCGUAAAGAAUUUGCACCAUUUGGCACAAUUACUUCUGCCAAGGUUAUGUUGGAAGAUGGUCGUAGUAAAGGAUUUGGAUUUGUUUGCUUCUCUUCACCGGAAGAAGCAACAAAGGCAGUAACUGAGAUGAAUGGACGUAUAGUUGGUACCAAGCCCUUAUAUGUUGCUUUAGCUCAACGCAAAGAAGACCGCAAAGCUCACUUAACAUCACAAUAUAUGCAGCGUAUGGCAAGUAUGAGAAUGCAACAAAUGGGACAAAUUUUCCAACCAGGUAGUGCUGGUGGGUAUUUUGUACCAACUAUUCCUCCUGCACAAAGAUUCUAUGGUCCUGCGCAAAUGACACAGAUCAGACCACGCUGGACUGCUCAGCCCUCUGUGAGACCAAGUAGUCAGUCUGCUGCUUCAGCUUAUCCUAAUAUGCAAGCACCCUUCCGCCCACAACCUCGUGGUCCUACACAAGCAGCACUACGUACCUCACUGGGAGCAAGACCUAUAACUGGGCAACAAGGUGUUGCUACGGGUCCAUCUAUCCGAGCACCAUUGGUAACUAGUAGUCGUCCAGCUGGAUACAAAUAUACUGCUAACAUGCGUAAUCCUCCAGCUCCACAACCAGCCGUACACAUCCAAGGUCAAGAGCCAUUGACUGCAUCAAUGCUGGCUGCAGCACCUCUUCAAGAACAAAAGCAAAUGUUGGGUGAACGUCUAUUCCCUCUUAUUCAACGUAUGCAUCCUGAUUUGGCAGGAAAAAUAACUGGUAUGCUUCUGGAAAUUGAUAAUUCUGAACUGUUGCAUAUGUUAGAGCAUGGGGAGUCCCUCAAGGCGAAGGUGGAUGAGGCUGUUGCUGUUUUGCAGGCUCACCAAGCUAAACAGCAAGCCACAAAGAAAGAUUAAGCUUGGUUUUGACGUGAUGGUUUCUUUCUGCUGUAUUCUUUUUUAUUUUAAAAUGCUUUUAACAUCUUUAUAUGUAUUGAUAAGUCCCGGUCAUAAAAAAAUAUAUAAAUAAAAAUUGAAAAAUGAAGAAAAUGUGGAUUGCAUGGCUCCAAAAUAUUAUUACUUUUUUUUAUAACAUUGGACAUGCAAAUCUGCAAACAAAAAUAAAGAAACUCAACAUUUCUAUGUAUGAAACAGUUAUGCUAAUGAGCAAUUUUGACUUUCUAUAUUGACCAAGAAGUUGAUUUAAGUUUAGUCUUUAACUUUUCUUUCUUUCUCCCAAUGGAGUUGGCUUUUGUUCUUGCAAUUAUUAGGGCAUGAACACAUAUGCAAUACGUCACCUUAUGCGACGCUACGUCAAGGGUCGAGUUAAAUCAAGCUAAGUAUUUUUUAUGCCCAGAAACAUAUUAUCAACCUCUGAAUUUAAAUGCGAUCAGGUAUUGUUUGCGUGGCGCCAUGUGGUGUGGGGUGGCAAGUUGCCAAUGUGUUCCUGGCUUUUAUUGUUUGUCUGUCUGUCUUAUUUUAUUUUCUUAUCAGUUUUGUAUUGGAUAUACCUUGUAUUGAAAACUUGGUCUCCAGUCUCAAUUGAUUGUAAUUUGUACUAUUGUUACAUAUUAUAUUCUGGAAUAUUCACAAUAAC